UGAAUGCUUUUGACUACUUUUCUUGGAACUUUGGCUAUCGCUACUGUUACUGCUUUGAGCCAUAGCCCAGCAGACUAUAGGAUUUAUGCUCCACACGUUAAUGGAAAAUCUGCCACCAUCAAUGGUGGUGAUAUCCAUUAUACUCCAGGCGGCAGUGUUUUGACUGGUCCCGUUCCGAUUUACUUGAUCUACUAUGGUGGUUGGAAUCAAACCCAGAAAAAUCUGAUUGAGACCUUUACCAACGGCUUGAGUUCGUCUGCCUGGUGGAAGACUCAACAGAAAUACUACUACCAAAAAGAUGCCACCUCACCCAAGGUCUAUGUGGAUAACCAUGUUACCGUUGCUGGUACUGCUAGCAACAACUAUUCUGUUGGCAAAGCGUUUUCAGGAAGCAUGAUAAAAGAUCUUAUUCAAGCGUAUAUCACCAAUGGUACAUUCCCAGAAAAUAGCAACGCGAUCUACUACAUUGUUAGCACGGCUGAUGUUACCGAAGUUCGCAGCAAAAGUGGAUUUUGUGGCGAUUAUUGUGCCUAUCACUCGGAUAUCCAUCUCAAAUCUGGCACUACCGUAUACUUUGGUUAUGGUGGUCUGCUUCCCGCCAACUGUGUGAAUGGAUGUGCUCCUCCACCCAACCAGACUAGCUCGCCCAACAACGACGUGUCUGUUGAUGCACUCUUGUCAGCCAUGGCUCAUGAAAUUGUUGAAACCAUCUCUGAUCCUGACUUGUUUAACACGGGUUGGGUUGACUAUGUUUACCAAGAGAAUGCUGACAAGUGUGCAUGGACAUAUGGCAACGUGACUAUUGCUGACAAUGGUGCCAGCUAUAACAUGGGCUGGGGUGGUAAGAAUUACUUGAUUCAGCAGAAUUGGGAUCCAGAAACCCAGUCUUGCACACUUGGUGAAUCUGGUAGUCAUCCUUCAUCAUCCAGCACCACCACUGCUAAAAAAACUACCACCACUACUACUACCACCACGAUCAAGCCGACCACCACUACCACCACGAUCAAGCCAACCACCACUACCACCACUACCAAAAAAACUACCACCACCACGAUUAAGCCAACUACCACCACCACCACCACCACGAUCAAGCCAACUACUACUACUACCACCACCACUACUACUACUGUCGAGCCAAUUACCACUACUGCCGAGCCGAUUACCACUGCCGAAACAGCCACCACUGUCGAAACGGCUACUUCUGUUCCUACCGCGACUACACCUUGCGAUAUGACCGACUUUUGCUGCAUGUAUCUUGGACACUACUGUUGAGAUUGCUGACAACAAGCAUGAGAAUGGAGAUAGAAUAAAAUGAAACAUUAUCACC